AUGGCAUGCUCGGAGUCGUUCCCACAGAAUCGCGCUGGUGUGGUCGGGUAUGCCAAGGCAGCAUUGGCCACCGCUGGUGGGCUUUGGGCUCUUCUGUGGGUCCACGUCUUCAGCAAGCCAAGGGGUCCAGGUCUGCCCAGCUACCUCGCUUUCAUGGCAAUGUGCUCUUUUGGUAUUUGUCUGUGCGCGCUGCCGGGAACGAAGGUGUUGCCGCACGGGGAGCCUCGUCGGCGUUUUGACUUCCGAGACCUCGGCCGCCUUUGCACCUUGAUUGCCAUGCUCGCCAUCCUGUCUGUCUACGACGUGAUGGUCAGCUUCUUCUUCUCCCAAGGCAGCCUCCAGCCCUCCUCCACGCUGGGCUAUGUGGGAAUGGCUCUUCAGAUGGCCCCCUUGGCCGUCUUGCUCACCGUGCCCGGGUCCCCCAGACCGGAAGAGCUGGAGUCCUUGAAGGAGGAGGCCAACUCGCCUAAGAAGGAAGUGAUUGGCUUGAGCUUUCGUGUGGCGAUCCGCGGCCUGGACUUUUGGCUUGUUUGGCUUUCCCAGUUCGCAGUCUUUGGAGGAGGCAUUGCGACGAACCAGAACUUGGCCUUGAUCCUCGAGAGCGCGGGCCAGCCUUCGGCCUCGGGUCUCGGCGUCGCACUCUUUGCGCUCACCUCGUCGCUUUCCCGGGUCGUCGUCGGCAUCUUGAGCGACAAGUACAACGAAUACUUCAGCCGCUUCAGCUGGCUCACAACCUCCUCCGCCUUCGCGGCUUUGGGCUUAUUCUUGGUGAGCUUCAUGGACCUUAGCAGCAUCUUGCUCGGCACGCUGCUGAUGGGCCUGUCCUUCGGAAGCUUCUACACGGUGGUGGUACCAGUUGUGAACGAGAUGUAUGGCGGCCUUGAGUUCGGCAAGAUCUGGGGCACGCAGAUUGCCAGCCAGGCGCUGGCUUCCUUCUUGAUCGGCUUCCAGCUUCUACCGACCUUCUAUCGCCGCGCGGCUGGGGGGGCGACGCACUGCGACGGAGCCGGCUGCUUCCGGAUGUCUUUCCUCUUGCUGGCGAUGCUCAAUGCUGUCGGUCUGGGGUCUUCGCUGCUGCUCCAGAUCCGGAACGCGGGCUCUAUGCCGCUGGCCCGACUGAGCGCCUGA